GAGAACCCGCUUGUCUACUGCGACGGGCACGGCUGCAAUGUCGCAGUGCAUCAAGCUUGCUAUGGAAUUGUUCAAGUACCCACUGGACCUUGGUUUUGCAGGAAGUGUGAAUCUCAGGAAAGAGCAGCCAGAGUG